CAUAUAAAAACAAAGUAAAACUGUAGUGGGUUAGAGAGCAUUCAACACGAUCAUAUUUAAAUUGAAAACUAGAAUAAUUUUAGCUUGAAUUUUAUUUUUUUCCGUACAUUUGGAGUGACCAAAGCUUUUAUAAUUAGUUCUAAAAAAAUUACUGAGAACGACCCCUUACUUUUAAAGAAAAUGGCGUCACAAAACGAUGACAGAAAAAUUCUUGUAGCAGAUUUACCGAUGAUGUGGCCUAAAGAUUUUGCUCGCUUCGAGGCGGAGGGUGGUGUAUGGGGUCAACAAAUGCGGCAGCGGCGCCAUCAACUAACUGUUGCUCUUUCCACAGGUGUGCUUUCGACAGUGGUUGGGUCGUUGUACACUGUCCUGAGUCGGAAGAACACUUUUUUUGUUCUCUUUUCUACCUUUAGCGGCUUUUCAAUUCUAGGCUUCUGUGUUGGUAUGGGUUUGUCUCGCAUUUUUUAUGAGGAUGUAGCCAAUAAUGCGGAAACGGCGAUGAUGCGACGGGUUUGGUGGGCAAAGGAGUGCGCGAAGCAUUGGGACUACUCUCAGCUGGAUGAGGGAACCUGGAGGGCGAAGUAUCCGAAGGCGCAGUGCCCCCAAAAUGCAAUACAGUAGCAUAUCCAUCUAUCUAUUUAUCUAUAUAUAUGGAUAUAUACCUACUACACUUCUUUUUACACCAUUCUGAGAGCAUUUCUUUGAAACUUUUCGAUUCGAGAUAAAGCAAAUGCGGAAGGCGGGAGAUGCAAAUGAAAUUAAUGAUCAAAACCGAUCCCUCUCAUUUCUUUUCCUUCCUCUUAUGUUUUUCUGUAAGAUAUUGGCUUAUCUCAUUUGGGUGACAUGAGAAUACACGCAUACUCACGAAUUUCCCCCGGCUGUUCCUAUGCUUUAGUGAUUUUAUUGUUAUUAUUAUUAAUAUCAUCAUUGCCAUUUUAUAGUAAAAGUUUUGUCGCCAACGUGACUAACGUGACUAUGUAAGAAAAAAAAGUGGGCAGAACGUGUCCCCUUUCGAAUAGUCCUAUCGCCCAGUAAGAUAUUAUAGGAAUAGUCCUGAAGUAACAACAAUAUAGUAUCACCAGGAAUACUGAAACUUAGCGAAAUGCAUUCUUAUUCUUAACUGCUUUUAGGUUAAUAGUUAACCCUUGUGUCUCUAGUGGUGAUAAAAAUGUGAACUUUCAUGUUUUUUAUCGUUCUUUUCGUUUUUUUUAUUUAUAUAGCAUUCCGUGGUUCUAAA